AUGUGCGAGUUUUCGUCUGGUGAUUCUAGUCCUUGUGAUGAUGAUCAAUAUUAAGCUAAAAUAGAAUUCAUAGGUACAAAAUUAUCAAUUCGUGAUAUAUGUAAUUCUGUUCUUAAUUCUAAUUGCUAUGAAAUUCGAAUUUUAGAACCCACAAAAACAGGAAAAUACGAGAAAAUCCCUUUGGAGUGGCAAAACUAAAAAGAUAUAAUUCUCUUUUAUUAUGAUUCUUCACUUGAAGCAUGUCAAGAUAAGCAUGCUAUUAAAAAGUAUUUAAAGGAAAAAUUCAAAGAUUAUCAUUUUAUUAAUUUUGAAGAAGUCUAGAAGGUAUAUUUGGCAGGAGAACAAGCAUAUGUUAUAAGAAUAAAUGAGGAUAAAUCAGCCUAAUUUUUUUAUUAUAAUAUGAAUAAAAAUUAACCAAAACACAAGAAAUAUCUUGGGGAGAAUUUUCAAGUUGGAAUUUUAAGAAAAAUCAGAGACAUUAAAAUCUAAUAUAAAAUUAUCCUAAGAUUUCUACCUGUUUAAUUUUAUAAGGAGAAAAUAGAGAGUAUUGUGUAUGAAAGAAGGAAUGACAAAUAUUAAAUAGACAUACGAUCAUUAAGAGUUGAAGAGUUAUUUGAAUGUAUAAGUGAUGGAUUUAUCAUAGUCGAAGGAUGUAAAUAUGGAGUGAUCUAUUGUGACGAUUUAAAAUAAUCCUAAGGUUUGACCAGAAUUUCUAUAGUUAGAUACUUUUUUGAGAGAAAAUUGUCUUAACCAGAAAUCAUAUUAGUGAAUGAAGAUGGUAAGAAAGUGCCUUAACUCUCGAAUUUGUCAGAAUUUGUGAAUCCUCUCUCUAUCAACUAUGACACUGAAAAAUAAAUGAAACUUAUUCUACAAUAAGAAAUUGAUAAGGAAGUUCAGGAAAAGAUUGAAAGAGUUGAGAAAUAAGAGAGAUUGGAAAGAUAAGAGAAACAAGAGAGAAUGGAAAAAGAAAGACUAGAGAAAAUUGAGAAAGAAAAAAGUGAGAAAAUAGAUAAGGAAAAAGAUAGGUCUGAUAAACAAUUGAGUGGAAAAAAAAACUAUCAAGAUAUUAAUAUCAGCACUGUUGAAAUUAAUAGCAGCAAAAUUCAUGAAAGAUCAGAAAAAUCAAUUGAAAGAAAUCAAAACUCCUAUCAUAGCCAUUAUCAUCAUAAUUAUAAUAAUAAAUAUGAGAAUGGAAGCAGAAACAAAGGCAGGAGAUCAAGAUCACAAUCCAGAAAGAGGAGACAUAGUUCAAGUGACAGUUCUAAAAAACAUCAUGAUAGAAAACAUCGAUAGAAUCGAUAUGAGACAAAAAGAAAAUCGGGAUGGGAAAACAAUAGUAGUAAGACAAGAAAAUGAAUAAAUUUUACUGUAAUUUUAAAACAAC